AUGACAGUUUCCAUGGAUGAGAAAUCCUCUCAUACUUACAUCGACCGUGAGCUCUCCGCCAAUUUGGACUCAACUGACGCCUUUGAGGGACCCGAAAAGUUAUUGGAAAUAUGGUUUUUCAAGAAUGCCAACUCGAUCCCACCCAAGUCGAAAACGUUGCGGUCGAUUGAGUUCAAAAUUUGGGUGCGUCUAUUGCAACUGGUGAAAUGCCAGGUUCUGUCGAUGAAACAGACAGAAAAGAUGGAUGCUUUCCUAUUGAGCGAGUCGUCCCUGUUUGUAUUUGAUCACAAGCUCACCCUCAAAACUUGUGGCACAACAACCACUCUCUUCUGCCUAGAAGAACUGUUCCGCACCGUGAGAGACCAUCUUGGAUGGAAUUUUUGCCUACAAGGGAAAAUCAACCCUUACAAAGUCUUCUACUCCAGACGCUGCUUCAUGUUCCCCAAAAAACAGCAAGGCAUUCACCAAAACUGGGAUGACGAAACGCACUAUUUGGAUCAGUUCUUUAGCAAAGGCAAAAGCUACCUGGUAGGACGCUUGGGCCAAACUAGCCACUGGAAUCUGUACGUGACUGAGACCAACAAGGAAUUAGAGGCCCAGUAUGGUGGAACAAAUGAAGAAGAGGACGAUGAAACUUUGGAGAUUCUAAUGACGGGCCUUGGUCCUGCCAAGGCAGCGCAAUUCGUCACCACUCGGGAGCCCGGCCAACCCGUAGAGAGCGAUGGGGAGGACGAGGGCCAUGAUCUUGGGUUUCGGGUCACACAGCAAACGCAGCUGGACCAGGUUUACGAAAACGUCAAAAAUGUCUCGUUUCAGCAAGACGCCUUCGCCUUUACGCCAUGUGGGUAUUCCUCCAACCUCGUGUUAGAUCAUGAGUACUUUUAUACCCUUCACGUGACCCCGGAAGUUGGAUGGUCCUACGCUUCUUUCGAGAGCAACGUGCCCGUGAGAGACAUGUCUUGUGGUACUCAGGAUAACGUGAACGUGAUGGAGCGGGUGCUUGGAGUUUUUCAACCAUCUGACUUCUGUUUGACCUUCUUUUCGCGUGACUUCGCUAACGACAACUUUGACAAGCUUGGCAAACACACUCAAAAUUUGUCAAAUUAUAUCCGUAGGGAUAAAAUUGUCUACGAUCUGGAUGAUUACCAAUUGCUGUAUCUGAGAUUUGAGCGUAAAACUUAA